AUCAUCGGCAUGAUCAUAAUCUAUUUUGAUGAUAUCUUUGUAGCUGUGGGAGAAGAUUCAAAACAGGAGCUGGACUCUUACUGGAACAGAUUUUGUUUAGUUUGAAUUGAUACAAUCUGACAAGCAGACAGUAGACUUAUAAACAACACCUGACAAGGAAAGAAAAAAUAUUAAAGUGUGUAUUUAUCAUGAAAAACAGACAGAGAGACAAAAAGCCAGAAAAAGCAAAGUGACAAGUCCAUUGACGGUGUCAUCACUCACACAGCCACAAUGCCGGACAAGUCGCAAGAUUUUCAGGAAAAGGGAAAGAUUGGAGGAGAAGCUCCAGAGGUGUCUCUCAUGCCGGACAGCGUUGUCAUCUCCAGUGAUGGAGGGGGCAAUAUCCUGGAGCUUGGCGACUUCAAACAAACAAAAGACGGAGUAAAACAAUCAGCAAAAAGCACCGACAUUAACGUUUUGAAUGGAAACGACGGCUCAGAAAGCAGGAAUGACGCCAAAUUAAAUGCAAGCAACUCGGGACUCAGUGAAUCCCAGGUUUCCGUGGAGGUCGGCGUGGCUAAAACAGAGCGGGCCCCUGAACCUCUCGAGACCAACUCUUUGUUUAAGGAGACAGGUGUGACCCCGCAGGCUACGGAUCACGAAGUCCCGCUCAACUCACCCCCUGAUGGGCUACAAACUGACUCUUCAGGGAAGCUCGAUGGACGUUCCUGUGAAAAGAUGGAACCCAUCACUCCUGUUGAUUUUUCUGAACCCAGUUUAGACUCUUCUGUCAAAAACACCAACAACAGUACAGACGAUGACAGAGGCGAUUCCAAAACGGACUUAACGGGUAAAGCAACAACAGAAAAGCCCGUAUUCCAGGACGUUACAUUCAGAGUCGCCCAAACACGGGACAGCAUCGACGUCAGGUGGGACGACGAACGCGGAGACGAGGACAGGCGAAGCAACCGGUCCAGGCAGAGUGUGAAGGAGGGGGUGUGUUGCUGCUUUCAGGCGUUCCACAGGGCUUUUCUGCAUUGCGUGGAGGAGACUCCGGCCAUGUUAACUGGACUGGUGCUGUCUUUGGCCCUCUGUGUGACCAUCAUCAUCCUCAUUCCCACCACAGGAAGGGACAUUUAUGUCCACGUAGGCGCCCUGGCGGUGUUGUGUGUGGUUCUCUGUCUGAGUGCCAUCCUGCUCGUCUGCCUGCCCUGGCUGGCCACGGUGAGGCGCUGUGGAGGAGCCCUGGCCCUCUUCGUCUGGGGGACGCUGUACGUCAUUGCCAUAGUCUUCAUCUUCACCGGUGGACCCGUCACCACGUGGGAACAGGUGGCGUUUUUCCUCUUCCUCUCUCUGAGUGUGUACACAGUGCUGCCUCUCUCUUUGGCCUGGGCCCUCAUGGUCGGGAUCGGGACCAGCGUUUCGCACAUCAUCAUCAUCAGCGUGUACGUCCCUGUCACAACACCAGAGACACCCGACCUGGCUGUGCAGUUGGUGGCCAAUGCGCUGCUGUUUGUGUGCGUGAACUUGGUCGGGAUUUUCCACCUGUGGAUGACCGAGCAGGAUCGCAGGAUAUCCAAUCAUAAGAGGGAACAGUUCAGCGCCAUACGCUCCCGGAAGGAAAUAAGGAAAUAUCAGCAGGAGCAGCUCCUCCUGUCGGUGUUGCCGCGGUACAUCGCCAUGGAGCUGAAAACUGAGGUUAUAAAUAAGCUCUUCAAGCCUAAGAGCGACGGGGAGAAGAAGGAAUCCAACACCAACAACUUUUACAGCCUCUACAUUCGCAAGCACAAUGACGUCAGCAUCCUGUAUGCAGACAUCGUGGGCUUCACAAAGCUGGCGAGUACCUGCACACCAGAAGAGCUGGUCGCUGUGCUCAACAAGCUCUUUGGCCGAUUCGAUGACAUCGCCAAGAAGAAUGGGUGUCUUCGCAUUAAGAUCUUGGGUGACUGCUACUACUGUGUAUCUGGUCUACCUGACCCCAUUCCAACCCACGCCAGGAACUGUGUUCAGAUGGGGCUGGACAUGUGCACUGCCAUCAGUAAACUGCAAGAGGCGACGGGGGUCGAGGUCAGCAUGCGGGUCGGUGUUCACACUGGCAACGUCCUCUGCGGUGUGAUCGGCUUGCAGAAGUGGCAGUACGACGUGUGGUCACAUGACGUCACGUUAGCCAACCACAUGGAGUCUGGAGGUCUUCCUGGGCGGGUCCAUAUCACAGAGGAGACAUUGCAGCACUUGAAAGGAGCGUAUGAAGUGGAGACUGGGGACGGGGGGAGUCGGGAUCCUCUUCUUAAAGGCAGAAAAACCUUCCUGGUGAUCGACCCCCACAAGCCGGACAGCUUUACCAGGAGACCGAAAGUGGUGAACACACUUACCUCAGGCGAGAACAGGCAGCGGGCGUCCAUGCGGAUGUCUCAGUACCUGCAAUCCUGGCGGACUAUCCAUCCCUUCGCAGACCUGAGCAACCCUGAUGCCACGCCCUCCAAGAAGCCAAAGAUUCCCGCCAAUGUCGCCAUGAACCAAUCCCAGGGGUUAACAGAAAGGCCACCUUGCCAGAACAACCCCAACUGUUUGGUUGUGGAUAAUUGUGUUAGGGGAUCACUGGACACACUGGACAAAGCAGUGAGGAGAGCAAAGAAGCUCAACUGUUUGACGCUGCUGUUCAACGACCUGAGUCUGGAGAAAGAGUUCCGUUGUUCUGAGGUGAAGGGUCUGCACCACUCAAUGAGCUGCAUAGCUUUCAUCUUCGUUACUAUUUUCGCCGUCCAGAUGCUUGUCUCUAAAAAUAAUUUUGAGAUGGCCGUGUCCUACGGCACGACCUUCCCUGUGCUGGUGCUGCUCCUGUCCAUCGCUUUCACUGGAUACUUGGAGAAGUGGCGCACCAAGAUGCCGCUGAGUGUUCAGUGGGUAUCGGGGCUGUCCCGCGGCGUCUCCUCCAGGGCGGCGCUGCGGAUGUUUGUGUUCAUCCUCUGUGUGCUCAUCACCCUGCUCAUGGCCAUCCUCAACUAUUUCUUCCUCCCCGGAAACGACUGCAAGUCGAUUACCAACAGGACAGAGCUGGAGGGUCUCAAUCUCUACACUGGGCCUUACUACCUGUACUGCUGCCUGCUGGCCAUGCUGGGAGUGAUCGUGUUCGUCAGGACGUGCCUGUCUGUGAAGGCUCUGCUGCUCACCCUGGCUGUGGUGGUUUACCUCGCCCUCUUCCUCCACGUCUUCGCCCAGAGGUCCUACUGCCUCAUCAACCUGCUUUACAACGACACAAAGCCAGGCAUACUGAAGGACCCUCAGAUCAUGUCCGGGGUCUGGCUGGUCAUCUUUUACAUUGUAUGCCUCGUACUGGCCAGACAGGAUGAGCUGGGUUGCCGCUUGGACUUCCUGUUGGACCGCUUUUUCAAGACGGAGAGAGAGGAGAUGGAGACCAUGGAGAACGUCAACAAGCUCCUCCUCCAGAACGUCCUGCCGCUCCAUGUCGCCGCCUUCUUCAUGGGCAAAACCAUUCGCAACCAGGACCUGUACAGUCAGUCCUAUGACUCUGUGUGUGUGAUGUUCGCCUCGGUGCCUCAGUUUAAAGAGUUUUACAGCGAGAGCAGCGCCAACAGGGACGGUCUCGAGUGUCUGCGCUUCCUCAACGAGAUCAUAUCAGACUUUGAUGAGAUUCUCUCUAAGCCCAAAUUCUGUUCAGUGGAGAAGAUUAAGACCAUCGGCAGUACGUACAUGGCCGCUGCAGGGCUGAGACACGCGCCUCAAGGAGACGAACAAAAGAAAGUUGAGAUGUCCUACACCCACCUGCGCUCCAUGGUGGAGUUCGCCAUGGCUCUGAUGGGCAAACUGGAUGUUAUCAACACACACUCCUUUAACAGCUUCAAACUAAGGAUCGGACUAAACCUCGGCCCAGUGAUUGCGGGAGUGAUCGGAGCUCAUAAACCUCAGUAUGAUAUCUGGGGGAACUCUGUGAACGUGGCCAGCAGGAUGGAUAGCACGGGAGUGUUGGACAAGAUACAGGUGACGGAGGAGACGGCCCAGAUGGUGGAGAGCAUCGGAUACAGCGUCACUCUCAGAGGAGUCGUCAACGUCAAAGGCAAAGGGGAACUCACCACCUACUUUGUUAACAGGGACCACUUGUCUCUUCAGUUCUGAUCCCCCUACAGUCAGGAUGCUGAUCUCACCUGACACCUGUUAUCAUACACUGACUUAAUGCUGAAACGAAGACGUAGCAAUACAGAGACUCACCCGUUAGUCGUUUACAUUAACGAAGGAGCUGCCUUUGUCUUUCGGAUGAGACACUAAAUAAAAUCCUGUUGGAUUAAAUGAAGAUUAUAAACGGCAACUGAAAGAGCUUUCCACUCAAAGGAUGGCAAACCAUGUCGCUUACUCUAUCUGUACUGUAUCUGGGUUAUCCCCCAUCACACAACUUUUAACUGUAUUAUUCUGAGAACAUAAAAUCUGAAAUUAUGCUACUGAAUCACUGUCGAACAGUGUUCAUGUGUGAUUAAUUUAUUGGAAAAGAAAUAAGGAAAUCCAUCUUAGAUGUACCAAAGACUACAGUUGUUUUAUGAAGGAUAAUAUCGAGGUUGCGUAUGCCUCAAAUAAGCAAGAUAACAUUUAAUUUUUGGUUAUUAACAAUGUCUCCACUCCAUAGUGGUUUUUUAAAGUUGCACAACAGCAUUUAUGAUAUUAAUGUUUUGUUUUUUUCAGUUUUAAAUGAUUUUUUCAGAGUUUGCUGGUACAAAACAUUCUGUUUAUUUAAAAUGUAGGGAAUUUGUGUACUUGAAACAGCUUUGUGACAUUUAUUUUUCUUUUCCACUGGUUCCCAAACUUCAACGGUUUGACAAGAUAAUAUCAAAAUGAUUCAUAGGAAAGAAGAACACUAGAUUUGUACCGUCUAAAGAUGUGUUCUUGUUUUUUUCUUUAAUCGAUGCUUUUAUUGUGAAAUACUGGAUAGUUCCACCUACUAAGCUCAAGGACUAUAUUACUCAAACUCACACUAACCAUAAACAUGUACAGUAUAGGUACACACUGUCCCAAACUGACACUUGAUGCUGUAACACAUCUGCACCCUGCAGGCACAAUUCUGUGUUUUGCCAUGACAAGUCAGAUAAUGCACAUUUAACAUUGCACUUUCUAAUAUGUUGUAUGUUUAUAUUUUUAUUGAAGAGAGUUCUGCAUCACAUAAUUGUAUUUCUUUUAAGCAAUAUAUUUCUGCGAGGGAUGACGUGUGACGUGUGAAUGUAAAAGAAAGAGUUUGAGUAUGCUAAUUAUAGGGAAAUAUUUUUCUAUUCUAUUUAUAAAUAAAAA